AUGCCAGCACAAUCACUUUCAACUCGAAAUCCACCUUUUGUGCAAGGUCAGAGCAUCCAGGCUGCGAAUUCCUUGUCACUGUCAGAGUUCGACCGCGAAUGCUUGGGUUAUAUUCAGGAUUCAAUCUUGGUCGUAGUUCUCGGAAAGCACUGGCCAUGGUCAACUGUCUCUUACGCGUACCACAAAAUAGCGACUAAAGAGCCUAUGGUCAUGAGCAUGAUGUUGGCUAGUGCUGCGAGGGAGAUCUACCGGUCUAGACUUUAUGACAUGGAGAAUCCCGUCGGGUAUCUGUCGAGCAGUGAACGAUCAGACAUGGAUGGCAGGAUACAUUACGGGCGAGCUUUGUCGAGUCUCAGAGAAGCUCUCAAGCAGGAGGUGAAAUCUCCACAGCAGAUCGAGGCUAUUUUCAUCACACUUUGGUUGAUGAUAGAUUAUGAGAACCGCUUUGGCAGCGGUGCAUCCGCGAUCAAUAUCCAUAUCCGCGGUAUUGAGACACUUCUCUACAACCACAUUGUCCCUUUGCUGCCAGCUGCCAUUGCGGAAAGUCAAGUCCUCUUGCAGCAACCUAAAGCCAACAUAAACGUUUCUUCUUUGGGUGAAUAUGCAAGCAAUACAGACUCUGCUACUCUUGCUCCACCUGCAGGGCCGAUGGACGGACUUGGUGGCACGUGCGUCCCCCUUUUCCUUCUUUUGACACUCUACUUCUUCACUCCUGCAGCUCUUUUCUUUGGCUCUGGAACUGCACGGCUGGACACGGACAUCUUUCGGUUCUUCUUACGAUCUGAGGCCGGAAAUACUGCGCCUAGCCUUUCGGAUCUCUACAGGCUGAGCAGGCAGUCCCCUUCCCGCUUCUGGGGCGAUGGAUACCCUAUGUCGUCGCAGCUGGAUGAUUUAGAAAAUCUUCCGGGCUUGACACUAUACCACCGUAGCCAUGUGGUUCAAUUCGAAAUUACAGAAAUGUUCAAACAUAGUUCUGGUCCAGAUAUCAGCUUCGAGGAAGGUUCUCCAUACCAGCGGAUCGCCAGAGAAAUAAAGACACUGUCCAUUGAAUAUGAUACCCUCCUCACCUCAGCCAAAAUGGCCACCUCCUGCGAUGUCGCUGGCGAUCGUCGCGUUAUGGAGACCAUUUUCUGGUCAGCUAUCACAUAUUACGGCACAGUUGUCUAUUUUCAUCUCUGCUUCGAAGAUCUCCUGACCGGUCGGCCCGAGUUACAGAGCUACAAUCAAAGCAUGCUUCCUCUAACCACUGCCGUUUCCUUAGUCCUUGAACUGAGUUUGAAACUGCACCGAAGCCGGCCACGCCUUUUAGUCCGGAUUACCUGGCCAUUAUUUAUCGCAGGCAUCGCAACUUCAGACCGAAUUUAUCAAGACUGGGUGUCUAUUCGGCUACGGGAGCUUGGAAGAUACGGGCAAAAUUAUGAUCGGAUCAGUAGACGCUUUGAUGAAAUUAGCCAGGGAGAUCACUCUCACUCUUACUUUCAUUGA